AUUGAGAGACUAUGAGUGUGUUCUGUGGAGUGAAAUAAAAAUAAAACUGAAGAAGCUCUGAGUUGAGCUCUGGAAGGAGACAAUACAGAGAACUAGAGGGGAAAUAAAGUGGGUUUUCUUAACUAGCAGUCUUUAUUUGAUGAUAUGUGAUAUUGGAACAUGGAGAGGGUUGCAGAGCCAAAGGCACUUCCUAGGACCUUGCCUGUUCUUGUUGAGGUAUCUAAUGCACACACAACUGCAAUAAGAGAAGCUGGUCAAAGACUAACUGUGCAGGAUGUUUCAAGUGUGCGUGGGAUGUCAGCAAGAGAAGUGAAUCAGUUUUUGAAAGCACGGGAUGGCCCUAUGACACGUCUGGCCUCCAUAAGGGAAGUGGCUCAGUUAUCAAAUGCGCGAAUAGAUUUGGUUAGAGAAGAUAUGGGAUUCGAUACCGGAUCCUCUCAAGAGCCUGUCUCUCCCGCACCUACAAGAACAUGGAAAGGAAAGGCCUCUUUGCCAGAACAAGAAGAACUUAUGCCUGAUAUUGAGACAUUGAAGGGCGGCAAUGAUUUUUCUGGAGAAACUAGUCCAAGUUCAUUUGCUGGUGCUAGUCAUCCCCCCGAACCUGUUGAUACUGAUCUUAUGAGAAUGGUUUAUGUUCCCAUAGGUCAAAACAAAUCUGAGGCUGAAUGCUUAAUGAAGAGCAUGUCCCUGAAGGGUCCUUUCUUGGAAGAUCUUUCAAUUCGUGUUCCCACCAAGAAACCAAGCCUAGCUGUUGUUUCUCCUGCAGAAAGUCUGGUUGAAGAAUCAAAUGACAUGGGGAGCUUACCCUCACCAUUUUCAAGUGCUCGCGUAUCUCAAAAUACUGAGAACUCUCUCCUUUCCCCAGAUUCUGAGGAGAAAGAAUGUGUUUGGGAUGCUUCCUUUCCUCCAAGUGGCAAUGUCAGUCCACAUAGUAGUAUUGAUAGUAUUGGUGUUGUCAGAGCAAUGAGCAUUGUUUCUAGUGUUGCAAGUACAUAUCGGAGUGAUGCAAUCACUAGUGAUGGCAUGCUUAGUUUAGACUGGAAUUGUGAUAGUACUAAAGGUAGUGUAAGGGGGGAUUCACUUGAGAGUGCAAAAACUAGUGCUAGUCGAGUAAGUGGUAGCAGUGGCCUCAGUGAUGAUAGCAACUGGAGUAACAUCACUGGUAGUGCCAAUAAGCCUCACAAAGGAAAUGAUUCUAGGUGGAAGGCUAUCCUUGCCAUCCGAGCACGGGAUGGACUUUUGGGCAUGAGUCAUUUUAGGUUACUCAAACUGCUUGGUUGUGGUGAUAUUGGAAGUGUAUAUCUCUCAGAGCUGAGUGCAACUCGGUGUUGUUUUGCAAUUAAAGUUAUGGACAAGGCAUCCCUGGCAAGCAGAAAGAAGCUGACCCGGGCACAGACAGAAAGGGAGAUAUUGCAGUUGCUGGAUCAUCCAUUUCUGCCUACUUUGUAUACACAUUUUGAGACUGACAGAUUCUCCUGUUUGGUAAUGGAAUACUGUCCAGGGGGUGAUCUACACACUUUAAGGCAACGGCAACCUGGGAAACAUUUCUCAGAGUAUGCUGCGCGCUUUUAUGCUGCAGAGGUCCUGUUGGCCCUUGAAUAUCUUCACAUGCUUGGAGUUGUGUAUCGAGACCUUAAACCUGAAAAUGUACUGGUCCGAGAUGAUGGUCACAUAAUGCUCUCAGACUUUGAUCUUUCUCUUAGAUGUGUUGUUUCCCCUACCCUUAUCAGAACUUGUUAUGAUGGUGACCCCUCAAAACGGAUUGGUGGUGGUGCAUUCUGUGUCCAGCCUGCUUGUAUUGAACCUUCAUCAGUAUGCAUUCAACCUUCCUGUUUUAUGCCUCGGAUCUUUCUUCAGAAAAAUAAGAAGUCGCGGAAGCCUAAAUCUGAGCCUGGCAUGCCAGCCAGCACACUUCCAGAGCUUGUUGCCGAGCCUACAACGGCUCGGUCUAUGUCCUUUGUUGGCACACAUGAAUACCUUGCACCUGAAAUUAUCAAAGGAGAAGGUCAUGGAAGUGCAGUUGAUUGGUGGACAUUUGGAAUUUUCUUGCAUGAGUUAUUAUAUGGUAAGACACCUUUCAAAGGAUCAGGAAACCGUGCUACACUGUUCAAUGUGGUAGGUCAGCAGCUCAGGUUUCCUGAAUCGCCAGCCACCAGUUAUGCUAGUCGUGAUCUGAUCCGGGGCUUGCUUGUGAAGGAGCCACAGCUCCGUCUUGGGGUGAAGAGGGGUGCAACUGAGAUCAAACAGCACCCUUUCUUUGAAGGUGUGAACUGGGCAUUGAUUAGGUGUAGCACACCACCAGAAGUUCCAAGACCAGUUGAAAAUGAGCUACCAGCAAAGUUUGAAGCAGUUGAUACUGUUGGGGUUGGUAGCAAUAGUAAGAGGAUGGUAGGUAAUGACUUGAAAUCUGGGGGUAAAUAUCUGGACUUUGAGUUCUUUUAGUUUGGAUUCCUCAAUCUUCUUUGUGUUGUAUUUUCAGCAUCAGUUAAUUUUACUAGAGAUUUGCUGCAUUUUAUCAUGUUAUUUCAGUUUAGUGAC